AAGUGAAUUAGAUAAUCCACGUAUAAAAUGAUAAUCGUAUAACGUACCAUGAGUUAUACUAAUAAUAAAGUCCAUAUUCCGCUAUCCAUUUGUCCGCGCACCCAUAAAAGCAGUGUGAAGUCAAUGACUUGGUUGCUGCUGCUCCUCCCGGACCACGAAGCCAAAGUGGGUGGAAGAGCUGACAUCUCAUUAAAGCCUCUCACCCACAGAAACAAAGAGAAGGCAGGUCACAAACGAGCAAGAAGAAGACAUGGCAAAGCUCAGCUCAGGCUUCACUCCGAGGAAGACUCCGCCCAUGUUGGCGUCACUUCUCCUUGUUCUCCUCCUCCUGGAGAAGAGCACUGCUGUGGAGGUGGUGGUGAAGCUGCCUUGCAGUAGAAAAGUUGGAAGAUGCUUGCUGGAGGAUGGGGUGGAGUUGGAGAUGAACUCAGAGGAGAACAGGAGGCUGCUGUGGGCUGUCACCGAGAAGAAGUACAUAAGCUAUGAGGCUCUCAAGGGGGAUGUGGUGCCUUGCUCCAAACCUGGAGUGCCUUACUACAAUUGCCAUAGCUUCCCAAAGGCCAACCCCUACAGUAGGGGGUGUCAAAUCAUCAGUGGCUGUAGGGGUGACAGUCCUUAGCGAGGGAGGCCUGCCCUGCUGCUGCAUCCAUGAAAUCAAGCAUCAGGUGAGAGAUGUCUACAUUGUAGUAUAAGCAUGAAACUUAAUAUAAAUGUUUCUGCAUGACGUUGCAAAUUGAAUCCAAACUAC